AUGGCCCGAGUAAAAGAGGCGGCAGCUGAGGCUGCCCACGCCGCUGCCGAGGGGGUAGCAGCUGGCGCAGCAGCUGCAGACGCCGCAACAACCCCAUCAACGCGCGCCGAGUCCCUUAGCGCUGGCAAAGACGAAUCUGGGGCGUUAUCACCGAGACGCGCCGCCCGACUGCCCGGUCCCGCCCGGUUCGUCCUGGCCGUCGUGCUGAGCUUUGCGCUGUCGGAGCUGGGCCGCUCGUUCGUCAACCACUGGAGCAACAACGAGGUGGGCAGCAUUGCGAGGGAGAUCACCUCCCAGAAGGAGCUGGCUGUUUUGGCUGGGUGGAAACUGUUCGGACUCGCAUUGGGCUGGUUCGGAGGCUACGAUGGCUUCGACCUUGCAGCUCUCGCCUUACUCUCGCAUGGCCCGACGACCUUCCUCACCUCCGUCUUCUACGGGAUCCGCGCCCCGACCGCCGGCGCUUACCUCGCUGUGGAAGUGGCCUCAGCGUCCUUGCCCUUUCUCCUCCUGCGUGGGGUGUCCGGCGCCCACUCAGCCGCGCGCGGCACCCCCAACCGGGACAUCGUUGCCGACCGAAGCAUCCAGGUGCUCACCUCGCUUCAGUCCGCAUUCGCCUACAGCGUGGUGCUGUUCCUCGCCGGCCGCUACCUCCUCCCCACCAACCUAGUCCUCUACUUCCAGGGCAUCCCCACUGUCCAGCCCGCGGCAGAGGCCACCUUCCUCGGACUCGGCGGCGGCGGCGGCGGCAACCCGACCAGCCCGCUUCUCAGUCUCGUCUGCGGACUAGCCGCACGAAGCUUCAUCUUCACCGCCCUCGUCACGACACCGCAGGGGACGGCCGAGGACCAGAAGAACGCGGCGUUCGACCCCGUGCACGCCACGCUCGCGCAGACCCUGGCGUGGAACCUGUGGGGCUACACCUCGCGCACCAAGGUCUCGCUCGCCCGCACGGGUGUCGCCAUGCUGUUCACCGCCGUUGGCACCUACCUGGGCACUGCGCUGGGCAUCGCCGGCGUCGAGCCCUAUGGCGCGGUUGUCUACGCGGGCGUGUGGGUCGCCGCGGCCCUCGUGACGGGGCUCUCGCUGCGCUAUGUUGGGAGCAUAUGA